CGAAGUGCAACAGCUGGCAAGAGUGAGCACCGCACGGCGUUUCGUCAGUUUGAACUGAAUGGUUUGAAUUGUAAGUAGCCCAGGUGCGAUAAAUUGUUAUUAAAUUUUUUAUAAAAGUAUUGUGAUGGUGUAGUGUAUUUUUGGAUUCUUAAAAAGCUCUUCCAAACGAUCCAAGAUGUGAUAAUGUUCUAACAAGAAAGUCCGGUGAAAAUGGAGAAUAUUUACAAAAUCAAGAUUCGUUCCAAUCCAAAUCCUCGCGAUUUGUAUCCUUCGGAACGCAGAUACUCAUCCUCGAUCGUCCUUGGCUUGAGCAUAAUGUUUCUUGCUUUGGGAAUAACCUCGUCUUUGAUGGGAACUCUGGUCGUGAAAAAAAUGACAACAAAUCACACCCAGGUUUUUUUCCCCGACAAUCACACGGCCAGCAACAAGACUGAGGAAUUUCUCGAAGAACAGCGUUUAAUAAAACGAAUCGAGGAAGAUUUCUUCCCAUUUAUAAAACCAGAAGGUCACACUAUCAACAUCCCUGCGAUCAUUUCCGCCGGCUCCUUCGUCAUGUCCUUGGGCCACUUCCUGGCAGGAUUCGCUGGGAUUCUCGCGUGGAAGCAAUGGUACAUCGAUAACAACAUCACGUGGUUCUUCCUAUCGUCGUGUUUUUCCACACUGACUUCAGCAAUCUCGUUCCUUUUGAUCAGUUUGGCCGUUUUGGAUACGAGAGACAUCCUCCUCCAUAAAACGUCCCCAAUUAGUUUAGGUCUGACAGCGAAUAUUUUCAUAACGUCCCUUCUAGGGGUGAUUUGGUCGAUUGUUGCGACAAAUGUGGCUUUCAAGGGUAUGAAGAAUAAUUACCCCGAUGAUUUAGUGUUAUCAAAGAGUGGGAAGGGGCGGGUUGAAGUAAAUACGGUGAGGAAGGGUAAUAAAAUUGCGAAAGUUGUGCCGCCUGAUAUUUUGGAUCAUUUUCCCAAAACCGGCAAACUGGCGAAGUUUUUCCCGAAAAGUGAGAGCAAUGGGAACUUGCCCAAAGCGGAAAGCAAUAAGGAGUAUGAGGAAAGGGUCAAGCGAUUUUUAUCGGGAGAGUCGCAAAAUUGCAAGGACUGAUAAUUUUAUAGCGUUGACGAAGGGUUUAAAUAACAGCGACUUUUGUAAUAUUUGCUUAGCUUUAAACGAUGUACAAUUUUUAUUACUGUUAUGACUACUGUUUACUUAAUUUUGUGUUGUGAUUAACUCUUAUUAUAGUAGUUAUUAUAGAAACUUAUUUAUUUCUGAAACAAUCCAAUAUUUUGGAUACUUACGCUAGGAUGUUUAGGAUUACAAUAAAUCGUAAAUAAAGGUUUUGUAAUAA